AUGCUGGGCCUGUCCAAAGUCUUUCGACGAGGCGAUUCGGUGGACGAGUAUGUGCGCACGGCAGAUGAGCGGGCUCUUGUCCGUCGCCUAGAUACCUUUCUGCUGACGUUCGGCUGUCUCUCCCAAGUAAUCAAAUAUUUGGACCAGCAGAAUAUCAACAAUGCAUACGUCUCGGGGAUGAAAGAGGAUCUGAACCUUCGCGGCAAUGAGUUGAAUCUCUUCACAACCUAUUUCAAUGUCGCAUACUGCGUCAUGCUCAUUCCAUCCCAAGUCAUUUUGACCUACGUUCGACCAAGUUACUGGCUUCCGGGCCUAGAAAUCGUGUGGGGUGUCUUGACUGGAUUGAUUGCCAUGACUACCAAUGCGAAGCAGGUCUACGUUCUUCGCGUCUUCUUGGGACUUUGCGAGAGUAGCGCUUGGCCUGGUAUGAUGACUCUACUGAUGUACUGGUAUACCCCGACCGAGCUCGCCAAACGCAUGGGAUUCUAUCACUCUUGUCAGGCCGUGGGCCAGAUGAUGUCUGGAGCCAUGCAAGCGGCCAUUUCAGAGACGCUCAAUGGUCAUCGAGGACUGGCAGGCUGGCGUUGGCUGUUUGUGAUCAACGCUAUCAUUACAGUGAUCUGGGGAUUCGCCGGAUUCUUCAUGAUACCUGACCUGCCCAACAAUCCCAACCCACGCGCAUUUUGGUUCCGUAAAGUUCAUGCAGAGCUCUCCAUGGACCGUCUUGCUCGCCACGGUCGAGCUGAGCCCAAGAAGAUGACCUGGGCCGGUGUAAAACGGACAUUUUCCGGCUGGGUGGUGUACUUCAUUGCUAUACUCUACAUUGCGACCGUGCUUGGCACAUACGGCUAUGUGUAUUUCUCCCUCUUCCUGAAGGCGCUACAGAAGCCUGAUGGGUCCCCACGGUGGACUGUAUCAGAAGUGAACGCGAUCCCCAUCGGAGGCUCAGCCAUCAACGUCGUCUUUGUCUGGAUAUGGGCACUAUUGUCGGAUUACUUCCGUACCCGCUGGGCGCUCAUCGUGGUCCAGGGAGUCAUCGGAAUCGUUCCAUGCAUCAUCAUGAGUAUCUGGACGUCUCAUCCAACUGCGGUACCAAUCUCCGCUGCCUACGCUUCAUACUUCAUCUCGUACAUCUGUCUGGGUACCGCCCCGCUGAUCUUUGCAUGGCUCUCGGAUCUGAUUCCCCAAGAUCCCGAGGCGCGUACGCUAGUCGUGGGCGUCUCGGUGGCCGUGUACUACUCCAUCUCUGCAUGGUCACAAGUACUCGUCUGGCCGGCCUCGCAGGCGCCAUAUUACAAAUACGGGUGGCAAUCCGCGUUGGCUUUGUUGGUUCUCGUCAUUAUCAUGACCUGUGCUCUGCGGUAUAUUGACGUGCGAUAUCUUUUGCCCAAGCGUGAAGAGUUCCAAGAAACUCUGGAAGGCACAGCCGUUCGUAGAAAAGACAGCGUCACAAUUUCCGUGGAGGGUGAGGAAGCUUCCGGUUCAAGUUCGAAGCCUCCUGCCAAAGUACCGGCCAAGACGACGAUUGAUGAAGUGUAG